AUGGCGAGUGUAGAUGUGGUUGUGACCUGCACAGCGAGUGGCAAGGGCUUGCUCCUGUUCGGCGACAACACCGGCGUGGUCUAUGUGAUGACUCGCACCUUCGACCUCGGCUCCUUCAAGGCUUACGAAGACUCUGUUCAGCUGAUGACCCAAGUCAAGAGCCACAAUGUUGUCAUUACAGUUGGCUCGGAUGAAGCGGGCAUUGCUCGCAUCAUCAAGGUCUGGAACGUCGAGCGUGUGCCAUUGGGUGGCGCUCCACAGGAGCUCCGAACCAUCGAAAUCACCCACGACAAGCCCAUGGUCACCUGCAUUGCCGCCAGCGAUGACCUCAACCACCUGGCCGUUGGCUUGGCAGAUGGCACGGUGCUCGUGGCCAAGGGUGACUAUACCCGUCAUCGCACCACCAACAAAGGUUUCCGCACCCUCUUUCAGUCCCGUCAGCCCGUCAUGGGUCUCCACUUUGUGCCACACGCUGGCGAUCGCCGCGUGGCACUCUACAUCUCCACUGCCGGUGAGACAGUGCACGCACAACUUGAACCUCAAGAAGCCAUCAACUCUCUGGAUGCCCUUGGUUCUCAGUUGGGCUGCUCUGCCAUCAUGGACGAUGGCCACCUCUGGAUUGCCCGCGAUGAGGUGUUGGCCAUGUACAUGGCCGAAGGCCAAGCUCGCUCCCUUCCUUUUCCUGGUCAAAAGCAAAAGCUCCUGGCCGCUCGCGACUACCUGAUUCUCGUCAACCAGAUGGCGCAGGACUCAAGCCUAGCUGCUGGCAAAGUUCAAUCUGUGGCUGUUUGCGAUCCCGUCAACAAGUUUGUCGCGUUUGAGAACAGCUUUCGUGACGUGGACCAUGUCCUCUACGAGUGGUCAACCGUCUUCAUCCUUUGCGAUGGUGGCAAGCUCUUCCAACUGGUGGAACAUGACUUUGAGACCAAGAUUGGUAGCCUUAUCAAACGAUCUCGCUUUGAAAUUGCCGUCAACCUUGCCAAACGCUAUCAGACAGAGCGCGAAGGCAUCAGUGACAUGCUGAUGAGCAUCUACAUCCGCUAUGCGGAAAAACUUUACUCGCAAAAAAAGUAUGAGGAUGCUGUUCGCCAGUACAUCAAGACGAUCGGCGCCCUCGAGCCGUCCUACGUCAUUCGCCGGUUCCUCGACUCGCAGCAAAUCCAAAACCUGACCGACUAUCUCCAAGCCCUGCACGACAAGCAAGCGGCUGACAAAAACCACACAACACUUUUGCUGAAUUGUUACACCAAGCUCAAGAAUGAAGAACGACUGAAUGAGUUUAUCAUGGCCGACAAAGAACUCAACUUUGACCUGACAACCGCCAUGACGGUGUGCCGUCAAGCCAAGUACUACAAGCAAGCUCUCUUUCUGGCCGAGAAAUUCAAGCAGCACGAAUGGUAUCUGAAAAUUCAGCUGGAGAACACCAAGGACUACAAGGCUGCCCUCGAAUACAUCCAGAAACUGCCCUUCAACUCAGUCUGCCGCGAGCUGGAUCAAUACGGCAAGCACUUGAUGGACGCGCUGCCGGAACUUUGCACCGCCUUUCUCAAAACGCUGUGCACGGGAUAUACCGACCCAGAGCUCAAGGAUGAGCCACCGCGCAAGGCCAGCCCCGAGCGAUACAUUGUACUUUUUGCCGGCCACCCCAACCACCUACUCGACUUUUUGGAGUUUAUGACCACCGACUACUUUACCGCCAGCUUGGACGAGGAGAACCGAAACAUUGAUGACCAUGAGAAGGAAAUAGAAACGGUUUGUGCCUUUGGUGCUUCAUCCCCUCUCCCAAAUACCUUCAGGGUGCGAGUUCUUUGCGUCGUAUUUAUUUGUGCUUUGCUGCAGUACCGCCACCAAACCGCUGAAAGUGUGGCCAAGAUUCAUGAGCUGCAGACCCAGGCCAAGACCUUUGAGGUGGGCCGCUGCGAGCUGUGCCCGGAGCGGCUGCGGUUGCCAGCCAUCCACUUCCUUUGCGGGCACUCGUAUCACCAGCGCUGCAUUCUCAACGCCGAGGAGUGCACUAUUUGCCACGACCGCCAUGAGACCAAGCUGCGGCGUAUGGAGGGUGCUGAAGUCGACCACGAAAAGUUUUUGCAUCGUCUGGACCAUUCCAACCAUACUCGCCGAUUCAGUGCCAUUGCCGAAUACUUUGGACAAAACCUCUUUCGCACGCUGACCGCUGCUGUCAGCGGCUUUGAUGAUGGACUCUUGAUCCAAACUUUAGGCCCGACCGGUCUUGUGCUGACCGACGCGCAUUACCAAGCGGGCGAGUUUUUCAACGGAUCAGCUGCGACCAGGCUCACGACCCCACCCGUCGCGCCCUCCGCCUCCGUGUGCCUCUGGCCAGACGGCUCUGUCUUUGCGGUUGACAACAACACACUCACGUACACGACCUCUGAUGGCACGAUUCGAGCCUCACAAGCUCUUUAUGAGCUUGCAACCCCCAACGCCACUCUGGCCUGUGAUCCCAGCCAAGCGAAUCCAACGGUCAUCUUUGGUGUUGAAAGCUCAUCCAACCCAUCCAACCCGCGAAUUCCGCCCCACCCACUUCUCUUUCGCUGUUCCUACCUGGCAUCCACACAACAACUCGGAUGCAAUCAGACCCAAGCUCGCCGCAACACGCGGUUCACUUGGACACCCGAUCAGGUCUUGACGGCUUCCGCCUAUUCGAUAAGCAAGCAUAACAGAUUGCCGGCCUCGGAGCUGCUAUACCCAAAUCAGCCCCAUGGACCAAAGGACCAUGAUCCCCUGGGCCCCACGGCAUAUUGUAACCAGCUUCAAUUUCAAACAGCUGUAUUUCCUCUUAAUCACCAAUAUGUUGCCAUCAUCACGCCCACCUCUGAGCUGCAGAUCUUGGAGAUGGGCCCUCACUUCCCCACCUGCCGUGAACUUGUGCACCGCACACUCCCAACCAUCAAAGACCCCUCCCGCGCCCGCAUCUAUUCGCUCACAGCAAACGGCACUCUGGCCAUGUUGGUGCAUCAGGCCGUGGACGCAGAUUGUGUGAGCCUGUAUGCCCUAGGCUUUGACCCCAGCCAUGAACAUGGCAUCUUCAACCUCAGCACAGCUCGCGACCUGCCCGGUGUGCGGCUGGACACCCACGCGUUUGUGGUCUCGAAUGAGCAGUUGCUGGUCGUCGGCCCGGUGAUGCAGCCGGCCAACGUCCUCUUGGAUGACAACGAUUGGACCAGUGCAGCAAGGCGACGGACCGCACGAGCUACAGCCUCGACUCGACCCGAUGUCAAGGCUUUCAACGCUUCAAAGUACUCAUAUUUUGACCAGAAUCCAGGACACGGGCCCUCAAGCUCAGUGCUCCUACCAGCAAUGAUCAGCGGCAUCGCUGCUGUUGGUUUGUUGCUUUUUCUUGCCUUUGCUAAUGUUGUUCGCCAACGCAAGAAACGUGGUGCUACGGACGAAGCCUCGAUCGCCCUUGUAAGCCCAGCAGCAGUCAUGUCGGAAGAUUUUGGGUCUGAGUUUGAGCUCGUCCAAUUACUAAGUCUUCAUCCGAGCCAAAACAUUCCGGCUGGCUAUUGGACAACAAAUGGCAUGUCUAAGCUCAUCCAGGACAUCAUGAGCCUCGAGGAACAGAACCAGAGACAGGAGCUGUCGAUUCGUCUCCUCGACAAAUUUUCUUCUGCACUCGAACACAUCACAUUUGAUCACAUGAGUGAGCUCCCUACCCAGCCCCUUGAGCUCCUUCCAGAGGUAUAUUUGCAACCUUUAUCCAGGCCAUCUGACGUCACGCCCAACUUUGAAGACACGCACUCCUUGGCCGAUUUGGACUUUAACAAACUCUACGGUUUUAUUUAUGCGUGGCUCCGGUGGACCUCAGGUAGGGUUCAGAAGCUCAAGCUCAAUUUGGCUCAGGAUAUGGACCAAGACAGCAGCUGGGUUCAGUGCUUGUUUGGUAAUGACUCACAAGCGAUUUUACAACAAGUCUUGGUCAUUUGCGACAAUUUGGCAAGCGACAAUCUCCCAGAAGCGAAACGGCCCUACCUGGCCAUCGCCACCUGCAUCCGCAUGUAUUGUAAACGCUACCACGAAAACGACGAUGAGCCGUUUUGCAAAUGCUGCAGAACCAUGAUUGAGGAUGUCGAAUGUCUACCGGGGCAGCCCUACCGCUUUGACCACCGCAUGAUGUUGGAAUUCACAGUGGCAGACUUCAAACAACAAGAAGGCGCCAAGCAGCAACAAGGAAACCGGCUCAAAAAAAAAACCAAGGAGGUCUCUGCAAGUUCUGCGUCCACGCCUGACGAGGAGCCUCCUCAUGCCAGCAAGCGGAGUAAAGUGGGGGAGAAUUUGAGUGAAUACUCGUUCGACUCCUUGGCCUGA